UUCCACUCAAACACAAAGGACAAUCACACCAAAAGGRCGCGUGCAGUCGACACGUCGCGAUUGGACACUUCACGCUGGGUAAUUGCAUCGAUACGGUCGCCGUUGUGCCACACAAUAUUGUACAACAAUUGAGAGGUGGCGCCAAGAUGUCUGUGACACUCUACUAUCUACCGCCGAGUCCGCCAUGUCGCGCGGUUUUGUUGCUGGGCAAAAUGUUGGGCAUCGAUUUCGAUUUGAAGCUCCUCAAUAUCUUGGCCGGUGACCAGUUGAAGCCGGAUUUUUUGCAAUUGAAUCCGCAGCACUGCAUACCAACCAUCAAUGAUGAAGGACUGGUGUUAUGGGAGAGUCGUGCGAUUUUACAAUAUUUGACCGCAGCUUAUGGCAAGGAUGACWCACUCUACCCGAAUGAUGUGCGUGUUCGUGCUUUGGUCGAUCAGCGAAUUCAGUUUGAUUUGGGCACCCUGUAUGCGCGGAUGUAUGACUACUACAUACCAACUACAUUCUGGGGCGCGCCUUUAGAUGAAUCGAAGAAAGCUCGUUUAGCCGAAGCUUUCGAUUGGUUCAACAGCACUUUGAAGGGUCACGAAUUCGCYGCCGCAGAUCACUUUACAAUUGCCGAUCUCACACUGUUGGUUACCGUCUCACAAUGUGAAGCUUUUGGCUUCGACGUGAACUCCUACAAUCGUGUCAAACACUGGUUGCAGCGCUGCAAGGACCACAUGGCGCCGUACGACUAUGAGGAACUAAAUGCCAGCAAAGCGACUAUAUUGGCCGAUAUGUUUCGUGCAAAAACCGAGAUCCCAUAACUUGRAAGUCGAUUAAAAUAUUUGGCCAUUGUCAACUGAAACGAAAUAUUGGGUACUUUCUUGCUUUCAAAGUAACCAAAAGGUUUUGAAACUGAUUUAUGAUAACAAUAGAAAAGUUAAGGAAAUAUUUGCAAGUGAAAUUACAACAAAGUUUAUUCAGUAAAAUUAUUAUUUUUAUUUACUAUGAAAGCAGGAAUAUGCUCCAUUUCUCUUGUUUCUUGUAGUUCUAAUGUAGUACUUUAAAUCGAAUUGUGAACUUCGUAGUAAAAAUAAAAGACACUCUUGUAGU